UUCAAGCAUUACCCUGGAUAGCAGUCUCCAUCAUGAAGAACACCACUUUGUUUGUCCUUUCAACUCUUCUCAUAUUCUGCCCAUUUUUCACUGCAUCAGCAUGGUCAGUCAAUAACUUUCUGAUGACAGGACCCAAGGCAUAUCUGACAUACUCUGCCAGUGUCGCUGUGGGUGCACAGAGUGGAAUAGAGGAAUGUAAGUUCCAGUUUGCAUGGGAAAGGUGGAAUUGCCCAGAAAGUACCCUUCAACUUGCCACCCACAAUGGACUUCGCAGUGCAACCAGAGAGACCUCCUUUGUACAUGCCAUUAGUUCAGCAGGAGUGAUGUACACCCUGACGAGAAACUGCAGCAUGGGGGACUUUGAUAACUGCGGAUGUGAUGACUCCAGAAAUGGCCGCAUUGGUGGCAGAGGCUGGGUGUGGGGCGGCUGCAGUGAUAAUGCAGAAUUUGGAGAGCGGAUCUCUAAACUAUUCGUUGAUGGCUUGGAGACGGGACAAGAUGCCAGAGCCCUAAUGAACUUGCAUAACAAUGAAGCAGGAAGACUUGCAGUGAAAGAGACGAUGAAGAGGACGUGCAAGUGCCAUGGAAUAUCUGGAAGUUGCAGUGUGCAGACUUGCUGGCUCCAGCUGGCAGAGUUCCGGGACAUUGGCAAUCACCUGAAGAUCAAGCACGACCAAGCACUAAAACUAGAGAUGGACAAGAGGAAAAUGAGGUCUGGUAACAGCGCAGAUAACAGAGGAGCAAUCGCCGACGUCUUCAGUUCAGUGGCUGGGUCUGAACUGAUUUUCCUUGAAGACUCUCCUGAUUAUUGCUUAAAAAAUGUCAGUUUGGGUCUGCAGGGCACAGAGGGGCGAGAGUGCCUGCAGAGCGGCAAGAACCUAUCUCAGUGGGAAAGAAGGAGCUGCAGAAGGCUCUGUACAGACUGCGGCCUCAGAGUGGAAGAGAGAAAGACCGAGAUCAUCAGUAGCUGCAACUGCAAAUUCCACUGGUGCUGCACUGUCAAAUGCGAGCAGUGCAAGCAGGUAGUCAUCAAGCAUUACUGCUCCAGAAGGGAAAGGGAUUCUAAUAACAUGUUCAAUACAAAGAGGAAGAACAGAGGCCACCACCGGAGAUGACGACAUUUCAUGAAAAUGUCUAAAUGUCUGUUUAGCGAAUGGGUUUGUGUGUAUUCAGUAUUGCAUCCUUUAUUUAUGGACUAAAGUAACGUCAUUAAAAGUAUAAGCUAUAAAGGCAGUCUGUUGUAAAUAUAUAAAUAUAUGCACUUAUGAAUAUUGAUGGUGAUCCAUACUGUCGGCAGUUGGAAGAUUUGUAUGAGUAUUCCAUGAAAUAUGGUUUCAUUUGAUUAAAAAUAUAUUAAUUACAUUAAUCUUGUCCCCCUUUAAUUCAUGUUUGGUUUGUUCAUAGAUAUUGGGAUAUACGCAAUGUGCAUUUUUAUUUUCUGUGCUCAGUUUGUAUCAUCAUUAGUAUUUAAUAAACAUAUUUUUACAGA